AUGAAAGAUUAUCCAAAAGCACUUGAGAAUUUCGAAAGUUGUUUCUCAAUACGCCAAAAAACACUACCUGAAAAUCACCCAGAUCGAGCUACUACAUGUAGUGAUAUUGGUGAUGUUCAUCGAUUAAUGGGUAAUUAUGAAAAGGCGCUUUCACUUCAUCAAAAAGCAUUAAAUAUUCAAGAACAUGUGGAAUGUAACCCUCUUCAGAUUGCAACAACAUACAUAAACUUAGGUGAAACAUAUCGUGAAAUGAAAGAUUGUUCAACAGCGAUGACAUAUUAUCAAAAAGGGUUAGAAAUACGUCAGAAGAUAUUAUCAAGAAAUCAUCCUGAAUUAGCUGUUGUAUAUCACAAUAUGGCAAAAUUAUGUUUAGCUACUCAAGAAUAUAAAAUGGCAAUGAAUAAUAUCCAACACGCAAUUGAUAUUGCUGAAGAAAAAUUACCUUCAACUCAUCCUCAUCUUUUGGAAUAUAAAGAGACAUUUGAAGAAAUUCGAAAGAAAAUCUAA